CACCGCGGCCAUGUCGCCAUUCUGGGGUGUGAGUAUGUGGUAUAGAUGCAGUUUUUGCUGUGGUCUUCGUUCUAAGGUGUAGGAAGAUACCUAAUUUAAUAAGAACCAUGUCUGUACCGGAGAAGAUACUGCUACGGAAACUGAAGAAGAGAGAGCACAAGAAACUGAAAUUCCUUAAGGAAAAGACCCAAACUGAACAGACAUUAAAUACGAGGGUUGGUGAGAAAGUAGAGGACAUAAUAGAGGUUGUGAACAAUGAUCAGAGGAAACAAAAUCUGGUCAGCAGUAACAGUUCUGUGAAAGGGAAAAAGAUAAAGAAAGCCAGAACGAGAGAUAACGGAGAAGAGCAAUCUGCUGGAGAUGAUGAUGAUGAAUCAACAGAAGAAGGAGAAGCAAGCUCACAAAUAGAUAUUACAGUCAGUUCAGAGGACUUGGCAAAAAAACUUCCAGGCUCAGGAAUUGCACUGUCCAUUCUGAGCAGUGCCACAUUUGCCUCUCUUGCUGACAAGGUCUGUGAGAACACACUGAAGGCAGUGGCAGAUAUGGGCUUCAGUACUCUCACUGAAAUCCAGGCGCGGGCUAUUCCUCCACUCUUGGAAGGGCGAGAUUUGGUAGGAUCCGCCAAAACUGGUUCUGGCAAGACUCUGGCCUUCCUGAUCCCUGCUGUUGAACUUAUCUACAAGCUGAAAUUCAUGCCUCGGAAUGGAACAGGAUGUAUUGUCAUCUCCCCCACAAGAGAACUCUCCAUGCAGACAUUUGGUGUGCUGAAGGAGCUCAUGAAAUACCAUCAUCACACAUAUGGGCUUAUCAUGGGUGGGGCAAAUAGGCAGACAGAAAUGCAGAAGCUGUCCAAAGGUAUCAAUGUGCUGGUGGCCACUCCUGGUCGACUGCUGGACCAUCUUCAGAACACACCAGACUUCCUUUUCAAGAACUUACAGUGCUUGGUUAUCGACGAGGCCGAUCGAAUACUGGACAUUGGCUUUGAGGAGGAACUGAAACAGAUCAUUAACCUCCUUCCCAAGCGACGCCAGACCAUGCUGUUCAGUGCUACCACCACACAGAAGACAGAGGCUCUUACCAGAUUGGCACUCAAGAAGGAACCCAUUUAUGUUGGUGUGGAUGAUGAAACAGACAAAGCAACUGUGGAGGGGCUGGAGCAAGGCUAUGUGGUGUGUCCAUCAGAGAAAAGGUUCCUGCUUCUGUUCACAUUCCUCAAAAAGAACCGUAAGAAGAAGGUGAUGGUAUUCUUCAGCUCAUGUCUCUCUGUCAAGUUUCACCACGAACUCCUCAACUACAUUGACCUGCCUGUCAUGAGUAUACAUGGAAAGCAGAAGCAGACAAAACGUACGACAACAUUCUUCCAGUUCUGUAAUGCAGAGACAGGAAUCCUGCUGUGUACAGAUGUGGCUGCGCGAGGGCUCGACAUACCGGCUGUUGACUGGAUUGUGCAGUACGAUCCACCAGAUGACCCUAAGGAAUACAUCCACAGAGUUGGACGAACUGCACGUGGCGAGGGGGGUAAAGGCCAUGCAUUGUUAAUCUUACGGCCUGAGGAACUGGGCUUCUUGCGGUAUCUCAAACAAGCACGUAUUCCGCUUAAUGAGUUUGAAUUCUCAUGGAACAAGAUUGCUGACAUUCAAUUACAACUAGAGAAGCUAAUCGGUAAGAACUACUUCCUCAAUCUGUCUGCCAAGGAGGCAUACAAGGCAUAUGUCAGAGCAUAUGACUCUCAUCACCUGAAACAGAUAUUUGAUGUGGAGACACUGGACUUGUCAAAAGUGGCAGCUUCGUUUGGUUUCCAAGUUCCACCAGCUGUUGAUCUUCAGGUGAACAGCAGCAAGGGUGCUCGACCCCGCAAGAGGAAAGCUGGUGGAGGCUAUGGCUACUUCAGUACUCUCAACAGCAAGCAGAAGAUGCACAAGAACAAAGUGUAUCGCCAACCAAAGAGGAAGCCAGGCGACACCCGACAAUUCUCUCGAUGAUGGCAUAAUUUGUUACUGUUAAUGCCAGUUGCCUUUGUCAAUGUGUGCAGUUGAGAAUGUAAUACUCGUAUUUCCAAAAUUAUACCUCACCAUCAUUGUAAAAUUUUAGAUUUUAACAACAGUGGUCAUCAGGUUGAAAUGUUUUCUGGAACAUACUGUGUCCAUCUUCAGGGUACAAGUCACUUUUACCCUGAAACAUAGGUUCUUCUCUACCAGGCUGGAUGGUAUCAUUACCCAGAACACUACAAUAUGAACGUGGAACAAUUUUUCCUGAAGCAGUGACUCAUGUAAAAGAGAAACAUGUUUACCUCAUAUGGAUUUUGUCGGGAACAGUUUCUGAUGUGAUGAAAAUGAAGUUGAGUAUACUGAAAAUAAAUGUUUCCUUCAAGUAAAGGGUUAGGCCUUAUUGGCUGAGGUGAUUUAGAAGGUUGCGAGAAUGUUAUGGAAGAGUUAUUGUAUUAAGCAGUCCUAGCACAAAUGGUUGUUGUGUCAAUAAAUUUAUUCCUGUAUUA